AACCGAUGCCCAGGAGAGAGGCCAACGCGUCAUUGCUUAUCCGUUACCUUUUCUCUACAGCCUUCCUCAGCCACCAGGGCAGGCGCCUGCUCCUGGUUACCGUGGCAACCGCGAGGAGCCCUAGCCAGUUUCGCUACUGCGCUGACUUCUGCAGCCUUAGCAGAGAUGCAGCGGUGAGAACCGACAGACAGUGAUAGACCCCGGAUUCUUUAUUCCUUUAUCACUGCUCUGAACCCCGAGCGAACGAGGGAAGACACAAGGAUGAAAGAAGUGUGCCUUGGGGCCUCCGGAUGAAGAACCUUUGCUGGGAUUCUAGCUGGAAGGUGAAGCGGCCACUCUUAGGAUGCAUGCAGCCACGACAGCAGCACCUGUGUCCUGAGGACCAGCCAACCUGGGGAGGCAAGCUCUCACCGGCGAGGCAGAUGCGGAUGUGAAGCCCUAGUCCACUAAGGUGACAGUGCCAGGUGGAUCAGCGGCCAUUCCACUGCCCGCUCUGCGGUUGUGCCAAGAGUAGGGGAGCAUGGAGGAGAGGAAGCAGGAGACAACGAACCAAGCGCACGUCCUCUUCGACCGGUUCGUCCAGGCCACUACCUGCAAGGGAACCCUCAGGGCCUUCCAAGAGCUCUGUGACCACCUGGAACUGAAGCCUAAGGACUAUCGCUCCUUCUACCACAAGCUCAAGUCCAAGCUCAACUACUGGAAGGCCAAAGCCCUCUGGGCCAAAUUGGACAAGCGGGGCAGUCACAAAGACUACAAAAAGGGGAAAGCCUGCACCAACACAAAGUGUCUCAUCAUUGGAGCUGGCCCCUGUGGUCUCCGAACAGCCAUCGACUUGUCCUUAUUGGGAGCCAAAGUGGUCGUUAUUGAGAAGAGAGAUGCCUUCUCCCGAAACAAUGUCUUGCAUCUCUGGCCCUUCACCAUACAUGAUCUUCGAGGUCUGGGUGCCAAGAAAUUCUAUGGCAAGUUCUGUGCUGGAGCCAUCGAUCACAUCAGUAUCCGUCAGCUCCAGCUAAUCCUCCUGAAAGUCGCCUUGAUCUUAGGCAUUGAAAUCCAUGUCAAUGUGGAAUUCCAAGGACUCGUUCAGCCUCCUGAGGACCAAGAGAAUGAACGGAUAGGAUGGCGAGCAUUGGUGCACCCCAAAACUCAUCCUGUAUCAGAAUAUGAAUUUGAAGUGAUCAUCGGUGGGGAUGGGCGUAGGAACACCCUGGAAGGAUUUCGUCGGAAAGAAUUCCGUGGCAAGCUAGCCAUUGCCAUCACAGCAAAUUUUAUUAACCGAAACACAACCGCAGAGGCCAAAGUAGAGGAGAUCAGUGGUGUUGCUUUUAUAUUCAACCAAAAAUUUUUCCAGGAGCUGAGAGAAGCCACAGGCAUUGAUUUGGAGAACAUCGUCUACUACAAAGAUGACACACACUACUUCGUUAUGACGGCCAAAAAGCAGAGCUUGCUGGACAAAGGGGUGAUACUGCAUGACUACACAGACACAGAGCUAUUACUUUCCCGGGAGAAUGUGGACCAGGAGGCCCUGCUGAACUAUGCCCGGGAGGCUGCAGACUUCUCUACCCAGCAGCAACUGCCUUCUCUGGAUUUUGCCAUCAAUCACUACGGGCAGCCUGAUGUGGCCAUGUUUGACUUUACCUGUAUGUACGCCUCUGAAAAUGCUGCCUUGGUACGGGAACAAAAUGGACACCAGUUACUAGUAGCUCUGGUUGGGGACAGCCUCCUGGAGCCUUUCUGGCCAAUGGGAACAGGAAUAGCCCGGGGCUUUCUGGCUGCUAUGGACUCUGCCUGGAUGGUACGAAGCUGGUCUCUGGGCACCAGCCCCUUGGAAGUCCUGGCAGAGAGGGAAAGCAUUUACAGGUUGCUGCCUCAGACCACCCCUGAGAACGUGAGCAAAAACUUCAGCCAGUAUAGCAUCGACCCUGUCACUAGGUAUCCCAAUAUUAAUAUCAACUUCCUUCGGCCAAGCCAGGUGCGCCAUUUGUAUGAUAGCGGAGAAACAAAAGAUAUCCAUCUGGAAAUGGAGAACCUGGUGAAUUCCCGAACCACUCCCAAGCUGACUCGCAAUGAGUCUGUAGCUCGUUCAAGCAAACUGCUGGGCUGGUGUCAAAGGCAGACCGACGGCUAUGCAGGGGUGAAUGUGACAGACCUCACCAUGUCUUGGAAAAGCGGACUGGCCCUGUGUGCAAUCAUCCACAGAUACCGCCCUGAUCUGAUAGACUUCGACUCUUUGGAUGAGCAGAACGUGGAGAAGAAUAACCAGUUGGCCUUCGACGUGGCUGAGAAGGAGCUGGGCAUCUCUCCUAUCAUGACCGGCAAGGAAAUGGCAGCAGUGGCGGAGCCCGACAAGCUCUCCAUGGUGAUGUACCUCACGCAGUUCUACGAGAUGUUCAAGGACUCACUCUCUUCCAGCGACACCUUGGACCUGAAUGCAGAGGAGAAAGCCGUCCUGAUAGCCAGCACCAAAUCCCCCAUCUCCUUCCUGAGCAAGCUGGGCCAGACCAUCUCUCGGAAGCGCUCUCCCAAGGAUAAAAAGGAAAAGGAUUCGGAUGGGGCUGGGAAGAGGAGGAAAACGAGUCAGUCGGAAGAGGAGGAGCCUCCCCGGAGCUACCGAGGAGAAAGACCCACCCUGGUGAGCACCCUGACGGACAGGCGGAUGGAUGCUGCCAUUGGGAACCAGAACAAAGUAAAGUAUAUGGCAACCCAGCUGCUGGCCAAGUUCGAAGAGAAUGCGCCCGCACAGUCCACUGGCGUGAGGAGACAGGGCUCCAUAAAGAAGGAGUUCCCACAGAACCUGGGGGGCAGCGACACAUGCUAUUUCUGCCAGAAGCGGGUCUACGUGAUGGAGAGGCUGAGCGCCGAGGGCAAGUUCUUCCACCGCAGCUGCUUCAAAUGCGAGUACUGUGCCACCACACUGCGCCUCUCUGCCUACGCCUAUGACAUUGAGGACGGCAAAUUCUACUGUAAGCCGCACUACUGUUACCGACUGUCGGGCUAUGCGCAGAGGAAGAGGCCUGCAGUGGCUCCUCUGUCUGGAAAGGAAGCCAAAGGACCCCUGCAGGAUGGUCCCAGCGCAGAUGCGAACGGACUGGCCAGCGUUGCCGCCAGCUCGGCUGAGAGAACUCCAGGUUCCAGCAUGAAUGGCCUGGAGGAGCCCAGCAUCGCCAAGAGGCUGAGGGGCACCCCCGAGAGGAUCGAGCUGGAGAACUACCGUCGGUCUGUGAGGCAGGUGGAGGAGCUGGAGGAGGUGCCCGAGGAGACGCAGGCCGAGCAUAACCUGAGCAGCGUGUUAGACAAGGGUACCGAAGAAGAUGUGGCCAGCAGCAGUUCCGAGUCAGAGAUGGAGGAAGAGGAGGAGGAGGAGGAUGACGAAGACGAUCAGCUCCCCACCUCUGACCUGGGCGGGGUUCCCUGGAAGGAGGCAGUAAGGAUUCAUGCCCUUCUGAAGGGGAGGAGUGAAGAGGAGCUGGAGGCCUCCAAGAACUACGAGCCUGAGGAAGAGGAGGAGGAGGAAGAGGAGGAGGAAGAAGAAUAUGAUGAAGAGGAAGAGGAGGAGUCAAGUGAAGCCGGGAGCAGCAGGCUGCAGCAGAUCCUAACCGCAGCAGAUCCCUUGGCGAUCCAGGCCGAUGUGCACUGGACACACAUCCGUGAGAGGGAGGUGGAGGAGAGGAUGCUCCCGACCUCCGAGUCCUCCACUUCUAGAGCCCCUCUGGAUGAGAAUGACCUAGAAGAGGACGUGGACUCGGAGCCAGCGGAGACUGAAGGGGAAGCUGCAGAGGAUGGGGACCCUGGGGACACUGGUGCCGAGCUGGAUGAUCAACACUGGUCUGAUGACAUUCCUUCCGACGCCGAGACGGAACUUCGCUUACAGUGCCAGGCCAAGGCGAAAGCCGAGCUGGAGCUGAGGGUGUCAGAGAACGAGGAAGAGAAGCCGCCUGAUACACCAAAGCAAGAGGAGAGAGGUCCUUCCCGAGUCUCCAGCCCUAGCCAGUCACCUCAGAAACAAGCCAUUCUGCUCACCCCAACCCACAGCCCUGAGGCAGAGGGGGCCCGGUCCCCACUUACCUCUGUCACCACCAAGGCGAAGUCCCCCGAGGAGCCCCUCUUCCCUGCACCUCUGCUCCCCAGAGAAAAGCCCAAAGCUGAAGCCCCCACAGAUCAGAAGACUCUGCACUCGCCCAUCCGAUCACAGCCUGUGGCCCUGCCGGAAGCCAGGACACCUACCUCACCUACCCGCUUACGGCCAGAGUCUCCACUGGCCCCUGCCCCACCGCCUUCAACCCAGCUCCCCAUCUGUUCCCAGCCUCAACCUUCCUCAGAUGCUUCCAUCCCAUCACCCUCCGAGUCCCCCAUACGCUUCCAGCCGGUUCCAGCUAAAACAUCCACCCCCUUGACCCCACUCCCUGUGAAGAGCCAAGGAGACCCCAAAGACAGACUCAGUGGCCCUCUGGCUGUGGAGGAGGCCCUGAAGCGGAGUGAUCUGGUGGAGGAGUUCUGGAUGAAGAGCGCCGAGAUCCGCCGCAGCCUGGGCCUCACUCCUGUGGACCGGAACAAGGGGUCGGAGCCCAGCCUCCCCUCACCCGCCUUUAAGCCAAUAACCCUAAAGUCCUACUCGGUUGACAAGUCCCCUCAGGAAGAGGGCCUCAGCCUUCUGAAACCUCCAUCUGUUCCUAAAAGGUUAGGCCUGCCAAAGUCAGCUGGUGACCAGCCCUCGCUGCUGACCCCAAAGUCGCCCUCUGAAAGGGAACUGAGGAGCAACCAGGAGGAGCGAAGGGACCUCUCCAGCAGCUCGGGCCUGGGCCUCCAUGGCAGCUCCUCCAACAUGAAAACCUUGGGCAGCCAGAGCUUCAACACCUCGGACUCAACCAUGCUCACUCCGCCUUCUAGCCCACCCCCACCCCCACCUCCCAAUGAGGAGCCUGCAACCCUGCGAAGGAAGCCCCAUCACACUCUUGAGCGCAGGGAGGCCUCGGUUAUCCCUCCUCCUCCUCCUGCCACAUUCAUGCGGCCCCCACGGGAGCCAACACAGCCCCCCAGGGAGGAGGUCCGGAAGUCCUUCGUGGAGAGUGUGGAUGAGAUUCCCUUUGCUGAUGAUGUGGAGGACACUUACGAUGACAAGACCGAGGACUCCAGUCUGCAGGAGAAGUUCUUCACACCCCCCUCCUGCUGGUCCCGGUCAGAGAAGCCCCUGGCCAAGGAGAAUGGGCGGCUCCCUCCCCUGGAUCGUGAUGCACAACCGCAGAAAAGGGGGCUGCCUCUGGUCUCUGCAGAAGCCAAGGAGCUGGCUGAGGAGCGCAUGCGAGCCCGGGAGAAGUCUGUGAAGAGCCAGGCACUUCGAGAUGCCAUGGCCAAGCAGCUGAGCAGGAUGCAGGCCAUGGAGCUGGCAGCCUCCAGGUCCCGCAUAACUCCAUCUCAGGGCAAGGAACUAGGGCCCGAGUCCACCAAGCGCUCAGGCUUCCGAGGUUCCCAGGAACCCACUCUGAAGCAUGAGGCUACUAGUGAGGAGAUCCUCUCUCCUCCAUCAGACUCAGGAGGCCCUGAUGGCUCUGUCACCUCCUCUGAGGGUUCCAGUGGGAAGAGCAAAAAGAGGUCGUCCCUCUUCUCCCCCCGCAGGAACAAGAAAGAGAAGAAACCCAAAGGGGAAGGCCGACUCCCAGAGAAACCCAGCCUGGGCCUCCCAGAGGAAGUGGCUGCUAAGCCCAAGUCCCUGUGGAAGUCGGUCUUCUCCGGGUACAAAAAGGACAAAAAGAGAAAGAGUGAUGAGAAGUCCUGCUCCAGUACCCCGUCCAGUGGUGCCACGGUGGACUCCGGCCAGCACAGGGCAUCUCCGAUUGUGAGAGCAGAGCUGCAGCUCCGCCGUCAGCUGAGUUUCUCAGAGGACUCAGACCUAUCCAGCGAUGACAUCCUUGAAAGGUCUUCCCAGAAGUCCAAGCGAGAGCCCAGAACCUACACAGAAGAGGAGCUGAGCGCCAAGCUGACGCGACGCGUGCAGAGGGCAGCACGGAGACAGGCCAAGCAGGAGGAGCUGAAGCGGCUGCACCGAGCCCAGAUCAUCCAACGGCAGCUGGAGCAAGUGGAGGAGAAGCAGAGGCAGCUGGAGGAGAGGGGCGUCGCGGUGGAGAAGGCCCUGCGAGGCGAAGCAGUUGAGGCCAGUGGCGGGACUCCGCGGCGCAGACCUCUCUCCUUCUGCCCUUGCUGUGUCCAGGAAGGCAUGGGCAAAAAGGAUGACCCCAAGCUGAUGCAGGAGUGGUUCAAGCUGGUGCAGGAGAAAAAUGCCAUGGUGCGCUACGAGUCGGAGCUGAUGAUCUUUGCCCGGGAGCUGGAGCUGGAAGACCGCCAGAGCCGGCUGCAGCAGGAGCUUCGGGAGCGCAUGGCUGUGGAAGAUCACCUGAAGACCGAGGAGGAGCUGUCAGAGGAGAAGAAGAUCCUGAACGAGAUGCUGGAGGUGGUGGAGCAGAGAGACUCGCUGGUGGCCCUGCUGGAUGAGCAGCGACUACGGGAGAAAGAGGAGGACAAGGACCUGGAGGCUGCUAUGCUGUGCAAGGGCUUCAGCCUGGACUGGUCCUGAGCCUGGCUACCGUUGGGUUUGGUUGAUUGGCACCCACCUGACCCGGCUGUGUUAUCCCGACCCACCGGAUCCAGGUUCAGAAGAGACCUGGCGUGCCUGGAAGGUAGCUCACAGACACCUGUGCUGUGGGAAAACCCCAGGCGAGGGUUAUCAUCUGAGGUGAAGGGCCGUGUGGGACUUCCCAUUCAGGAGGGAGGAGACGGGUGUUUGGCAUGUGCCACAGGGGACACUCCUGCAGGUCCCCGAGGGCUUGCUGCCUGGCACCUCUUCCUUCCUUCUGCUGGUAAGAGAGGGAAGUGACUCCUCUUCAGAGCCACUGCCACCCAGAGCACCUGAAGAGCCGAGUGGCUACUGUCCUCUUGCUUCCUGAAGCACCACCAAAGAAAGUGCAGAAGCAUCUGCAGAGAAGCUGUGGAUGGAGGGGAUCCAGCAGGGAGCAGCACCCGUGGGGGUGAUAAGGGUGAUGCCCACCCUCCCGUUGCAGGGGAAGCCAGACAGUAGGCAGGUUCAUUAUGCAAGUUAGGAGGGCGCAGGAGGGCUCUGCCUCCAGCCCCGCCACACACUGGAUUCCCAGUGGCCAAGUGCCCCCCAGGCCUUUCAUAUGGGCAGUGGCCUGAGGCCCGCGGAUUGCUGUGUUUUGCUUUUAGUUCACAACGAUUUUGACACUGGAAAGUAUUGACUGUGGCAGAGCUGAGGGAGACCCUACAUGUCGACAGACAGGCGCCACCCCUGGUCGGCACCCACGGCAGUACAGGAGAUGGCUCUCCUCAGCAUUUUUCUGUGUUUGCACAUCGAAAGGAAACUGACAACCUGCCCAGACACUCAGCCACUUCGGACCCUUUUUGUCGAUUAACUUAUUUUUUUAAUACUUGAAAGGAAGCAACUUCGUUUUUAUACCUUUACUAGAGACACUGAUUGCCUGUCACCUGCGUGUAGGACUUGACUGGGAGGGCUUUGUGCAGCCCUGCAGCCCUGAGGCAAACUGACCUGAUCUUGUUACAUGCAUAUUUAUUAGCCGUCUUGAUAGUGUUACGGACCUGGUCGGACCAGCGGGCAGCUCAAAGCCCUGUGGGUCCUUCCUCACAGCUUCUCUGUCCCCUCCUCCACCCAGCACCCUGUCCCUGCUGGCACUGGACUUCUACAGGGGAGCUGCCUCUCUGUAAGGACGCGUUUCAGCACUAGGAGGCCAUGCCUGGAGACAGACCGGCUGCUGUGGCCUCUGCUCUUGGAAUCAUGGCUCUGCGGAACCCACUUUGUCCAGUUUUGCUGCCAAGGUUUUACUUCCUGUACAGAUGUUAAAGAUGGAGGGUAGCCCCUCCUUACGCUGGCUGGGACCAAGUGGAAUGUGACCUUGUCCUCAGGCCGGCUGAUGGCAAUGCCCUGGUCCAGCUGGAGGGGCAUGUGUGCACUGGCCUCCCCUCAACACGCUGGCCACUCUGACCUUCCCUGCCUGUACUAGGAUUUUCUUGGCCUGGCAAGAGCCAACAAGCACCAUGUAACCAGCUCCAUAAGCCAAACUGCUCAUUUCUUGUGGUUCACCCAGAGACCAGUGAUGGGGGCCAGGGUGCUUCUCUUUCCAUGGACCAGUGCAUGGGUGCCACACCGAUCUGGAAAAGGGUAUGCCAGCUGGGCCUGCUGAGAGGAGAUUGGGAAGAAGAUAUGCCAUCCCUGGCCACCCUUCAAGGCUGCCAAGGGCCCACACUCAUCCUGGACUUCCUGUGGGAACCACACUGUGCCUCAACUUGAACAUCCAUCUAACUCCAGAGGAGCAAACAGCAAUCUCACCCUUCUCCUCGUGCGAAAGCUGCCAUCUCUCCUGUGGAAAGACAGGUGUGCUGCCAGCAACCACCGCAGCCCUGACGUCAUCAGUUCCUGGUCUCUGACGUGGCAUUACUGCUAUUUUUAUUCUCUGUCUGAAACGAGGAGAGGAGGAUGUUCUGGAUUCCAUUUUUCAACCACAAUCUGCCAAUCAGACUGGACUUUGGACAGGACCUUUAUCGCCUGUGUGGCCUUCUUAACCCUGUCCGCCUCCCCAGUGCCACUGGCAAUCCCAGGAAGCUCAGUCUGUCAUUUCUGCUAACCCACAAGAAGUCACCCAUUUCCUGAGUGACUCAAGAAGGAUGCAGGGGCAUGCAGCGCCUCUUGUGGCCUCGUGGGUGUCCCCUCCCUCCUCUGUCCUGGUCAGCCACGACCCUGUUGAUCUUUCCAAAGCACACGCUGCUUCCUGCAGUCACUAGGAAGGGGGCAGAAAUCCACCAGCCUGGGAGAUGUUCCCACUCCCCAGCCGCGGCAGCAUGAGGACUUGGGGUUCUCGUAGAGCACCUUUUUUUGGCUCCCAGUUUGUAACCACUAGUUUGACGUCGAUUUCAGCGGUCCGGGGACUCGAGACAGGAAGUGUUCUCCACCUCUGGAAAUGCAUGCAGGUCUGGUCAGAUGUUCUUCCCAGGAAUUCUGUCUUCACUUGAAGGCCGGGAAGAGAGGGUAUAUAUAGCCACACACUUCAUACAUGUAUAAGAUGCUAGAGUGUGUUUGAGUGAGCCCAAACUCAAGGCUACGGAUAGUACAUGAGGCACCAGCCUCUACCCCUAAAGCAGAAGACUGUCCCCUGCUCCCCAGUGAGAGCCAGGCCAGAACCCCAGGUUCUAACCCUGCUCAGCUGAUAAAGGGCCUUUCCCUCCAGCAGCCAUCCUAAGAUAAUUUUGACCAGCAACUGUAGACUUUAAAAGAUAAGACAUUUUCACUGGGACAGGAGAGGAAAGAGUGGGGGAAGGGGUAACAAGUAUCAGGGGCUGGGAAUAUAGCUCAGUGGUAGGAUGUGUGCUUAGCAUGCAUAAGGCCCAUGGUUCAAUCCCCAGUAUCACAGUAAAAACGACCCACAAGAGGGAACGGUCUGUUUUAUGCGCAAUAAAGUUUUUUUUUUCUUUUUUUAAGAAAUAAAGACUAUUUCUGAAGCCA